CCCGUGGCCAAAAGCUGUCCACACGGGCAGGCGCGAAUGAAACAAUUAAUUGAUUGCGUGAGACCCUGGUGCCGUGGGGUUAAGUGUUGUGCAAUUAAAGUUGCUGGAAAGGAGACUACUGUCAGCCUCGCCACGUCUUUCCAUCCCAAUAUGAAGAGCUUCCCAGGCUUCUUUUCCUUGUGAUUUGUCUGUGGAUCAUCCGAGCUACGUCAGAAGCCAUUCUCCUGAUAACCGCAGCGGUUCUUGCCCGCCAUGGCGCAGUUGCAGAAUGUUGUUCUCUCCUUUUUCAUCCUCGGCGUAUCUUCUGCUUUCCUGACAUCGCGAUACUACCAAAGCGCAGCGUUCGAGCGGCCGUUCCAUUUCUCCAUCCUGACCCUCCUCCUUGCAGGUCUUGCGAUCGCCGCAUGGGCGCGCCCUAUCUAUCGCCAGGUUAGCCGUUUUGAGUCGCUACCAACGACGAAUAGCACUACAUGGAGCAGGCCAUGGCUCGGCGGUCGUCUGUCUCAUCUAGAGAUCGCGGCAAGGUCCGUUGCGCAAAGCCAAUCGCCGUCGUGGUUUCUGUUGCUGUUCUGCAUUGUGGGUCGGACGAUAUUGUACUGGAGGACGAUACAGACGAUACAUUGCUCCUGGGAUGGACUGCAGGUGCGUUUAAAUGCGACAAGGAGUGGGUCGAAUUGCCGACCCUCCGUGUUUCGUCUGUCCAUGGGACGCAUUAGUCAGGGACAGACGUUUCUUCCUCUCGUCCUACGUGUCGUCGAGAUUCUCGAAAUGCGGCCUCUCGUGCUGCCAAGCAAUACUUAUGAGACGACAAGCCACAAUAAGAGCCUGAUCGCCCUUUACGUCGUGACUGCCUCUGUUUGGGGCAUCGCCGCUACCGACAUCCUUUUUAUGACAGAGCAUCUCACUGGGGCGAUAUGUGCGCCCGGUGCUUGGGAACGUUUGAUACCCCUGGCCCAAUUGGUCACACUGGGAUGCGAUGCUUUGAUUAUUACUCUUGUGAGUAGGCUGCGACAAGGUCGCGAAGACAAGAAGAGGAGCUGGUGGUCAGUUGCCUCCUUGUUGCUUGUGUCGGCUGGGAUAUUGUUGUUAUUGAGUUUACCCUCGUUUUUCUCCCGCCAGAACUUUCGAUGGAAUAUGUACCUCGACUCGGUGACUGUGCGAGACCUAGCACUGGAUAGCAUUGCGGCAGCGGCAGGUCUGAUAGCUGGGACUUACCUGCUUGGAGCCCUUCAUCCGACAACUGUCGCCCUUGCAGCUGGAGCGACUAGCGUCUUCGUUUAUAUGGAGGGAAGGAUAUUCGACGGAACCAUGAAUAGGAUUUGCUCCAGUGCUUGGGGCCUGAUUGCCAGUGUCGUUGUCGUUUUUGGUCCUGGUGUUCUGCUUCAUCACGCAAAGCCGUUAGGCCGGCCACAGCCACCGAGCGACAGGCCCAGGCCAUUCUACAGGUCUAAGUUCUUCGUACUUGCUGGGUUGACGGCCCUGCUACUUACAUUCCAAGCAAUCCUGUGGGGAGACAGCAGAACCAGUCCAAACUUCCCGACGUACGUUCUCUACGAGGCGAGAGCCAUGUCGGAAAACUGGAUAUCCAAGGCGAAGCAGAGCAAUACCUUGGAUGAGGCUGUCCUGGAGUAUAGAACACGGUACGGUGUCCCACCGCCACCAGACUUCGACAAGUGGUAUCGGUUUGCGGUCUUGGUUGACUCCCCAAUCAUCGAUGACUUCGGACAAAUCCAUUCGGACUUUCUUCCAUUUUGGGGAACUCUACCUGUUGUCAUCCGGCAGCGGACAGCUCACCUUCUUGAGCAUCCUAUCAAUUCUUUUGGAGGUCUUACGAUCGAAGAUGGCAAAGUGGAAUUGUCUGCGCAUGUUCAUGGCACCCACAAAUGGAUGCUAGACGAAAUGAAAGAGAUGAUAGAACCCUUUGCCAAGUGGUUGCCGGAUAUGCAGCUUGCCUUUAACCUCGAUGACGAAUGUAGAGUUUCUGUCCCCUUCGACCUCCUACAGGCAUACGAAAACGAAGCGCUGAAGUCUCGGGCGCGCUUGGCGUCUAAAUCAGCUUUCUUCGGGUUCAGCAAGGGACAAAGCCUGCCUGUGUCAAAAGAGUUCCUGGUGCAAGGAACCGCGUCAGAGAAAACAUCACCGUGGUUCCAGAACUGGUCUAAAGCUCCCAUAUUCUACGAGUGGAUUUCUUCCACGUGCCCUCCAGACUCACCUGUCCGCCAGUUUCACUGGUGGAACAGAAAGGCCGACUGUCCAACUUGCAGUGACCCUCACAUGACGGAUGGUGUUGUCUCAGAUUGGAAGCUAUCCGGGGAUCUUUGCCACCAACCGGACCUGGCGUAUCUACAUGGAUUCUUAUCAUCGCCUUCCAUCGCGGCGGUGUCACACACUUUGUUUCCUGUGUUUAGCCAGAGCCGCAUGCACAACUUCAAUGACAUUCUACAUCCGAGCCCUUGGAGUUGGAGAGACGAAGUUAGCUUUGAGAAAGAGAAAGGCAUAGCAUGGAAUGAGAAGCUCAAGAGCGUGUUUUGGCGCGGUGCGGCUUCAGAUGGCUAUGCUGUCACCGGAAGCUGGCAAACAUUCCUCCGCGCGCGCUUCGUGAACAUGGCGACCCAUGCCGACGCCGUCUUACGCUCCAAAUCCCGAUCACUACUGCACUACAUUUCUCCUUCGCGGUCUCAGCUGCCGCGCUCCUCGCAGAACCCAGCCUCGCCUGUUGAGGUAAAUGUAACGUUUGUUGGAGAAUGGCACCGCUGCGACACACGUGACUGUGCCCUCGAAAAGACGCAAUUCUACGGUCCCGCCUCCGCUGAACCACCGCCUUCCGUCGAUUUCCAAGAGCACUGGCGCCACCGCCACCUCGUAGACCUCGAUGGUGCUGCAUUCAGUGCCCGCUUUCUCCCGUUCCUACGCUCCGGGUCCCUCCCCUAUCGAGCCGCCCUCUUUCGCACCUGGUGGGAAGAGCGCGUGCACGCCUGGCGACAUUUUGUUCCUCUCGACGUGAGGUUAGGCGAUCUCUGGCGGGUUGUUGGGUACUUUGGGGGUGAAGGCGAUCAGGAAGCUGAGAAGAUUGCGCGGGAGGGACGCGAGUGGGCGGAGAAGGCGCUUAGGAAGGAGGAUAUGCAAGUUUAUAUGUUUAGGCUGCUGCUGGAAUGGGGUAGGAUUGUGGAUGAUCGGCGUGAGGAGUUGGGGUAUGUCUCAUAAACACUAUAGGGCUGGAACAUGGCUGGCUGGCUUCGGAUACUUCGGUACGUGUGGAAUGAAUAGAGAGGAAUAUUCGCUUGGCAUGGCUUUGGGACAUGGAAAGAGUAUAUUAGGUUCGAGAUAGGUUUACCGCGCGUGUCGGACGGAAAAUCAGUCGGGCCAAAGGCGCAGAAUCUCAUGUGGUGAGAACCACAAUCAUGUAUAACCUCCUGCAGUCCGCAAAUAAUGGCAUUUUCCCAGCAAUGGCUGUAAAAUGGUAUAAAUAUCGAG